UCUUUUAUAAGAGAAGACAUACCCGAGACUUCAUAAUCACAACAUUCUUUAGGAGAAAAGAAAAAAGUCAAUGCCAAUGAGAUAUCAGAUGACAUCACGUGUCGAUGCCAUUCCCUGAUCGCCACCCCUCAGACUCGGGUCCUCUUGCAACUAACAUCAGAAUAUUUUUGGAGCCAUGACCUCGAUGACAUCACGGUUUAGACGUCAUAGUAUGAUCACGAUCUCCUCAGUUGAACCAAAAAAUCUCCCAGAAGCAAGAACCAACCACAACGUGCAACUCCGCAAACUCGCCUCGUCCGCCUUCAAUGACAUGAAAUUGAAGUCCCUCAACUUUCUACACGAAAUACCAGCCCCCUAAUUGAACAUGCGGGUUUUCAAAUGAAUCAUCCCUUCUCUCAGCAUGGAUCUCGCGCUUGCAGUACCACAGAUUCACAUUUCCUCAAGCAAAGAUAAGUCUUUGGGCAGCGGCGAACUCAAUACCAACAUGCAAGCCUGUAAGGAGUCUCGAGCUGAGGGAAUGAGGCUGAAGCUCACUACUAUUAAGUCUUUAAAAUCAAAGAUAGCGAAAAUCGGUGAACAAGGGCUCAUCUAUUAUAUGUCUCGAGAUGAUAUUGUUUGGUUAAAUGCAUCCCACACGCAGCGACAUCAUACCCAGUUCUGCUUCCCGGAAUGGAAUGGUUAUGCCCAGACGGUCGUCUGCACCAAAAGAAUCCCAGGCCUUCUCCUAUAUGAGCUCAUGGAACAAGGACCUUUGUCUCAACACAUUCAGAAUAGAUGCCGCGCAAGGGACUUCAUGCUAAAUUGAGAACGUUCCUUGGUUCAUUGGAAAUGGUCCUGGACUCAGACCGGCCAGCGAAGCUACAUUUUGUCGCCAGGGAUGAGGUCUGCAGCCAUGGUAGAUAGUUGUAUCUCUGGAAAUAUUGGAAAGGAUAAGAUCUACUCACUGACCGAAAUGUGACUUUUAAAGAUCAGAAACUGUUCAAGUUCAAUCCAUGACAGUCCAUUCCUGGUGGUCGAAUCGGCCACAAGUCCUGGGAGAUAUUGAUGGUAGCGGACGUUAUGACGAUACGAGAUUUUCAGGAUGAACCGACAAAAUCAUCGACUCUUCUGAGAGAUGUUACCUUUGAUAUAAAGG